ACAAGUUUUUGACACGCCUAGAUUUGCACAUUGACAACUCACUGGCUGCCUGUUGCUGAGAAGAAUUCAGACCCACAGACCAGAUAACUCCGUCCUCUUGUCUCCUGGUUGGGUCCUUACAUGACUGAAGACAUGCAAGGAACAUUUAUAGUGAAUGUGACACAGACCUCCUAUCAGGCAGAGGAGAACCACAACGUCACACUGGAGUGGACGUUCACAGCUAAAACCGACAGUUCCCUCAACUCCCUUUUUAUCUUAUGUGAACUGAUAACUAACCUCAAAGUCUCCAUCCUGUUUCGUCUACGUGAAGGUGUCGAGGUCCCAGAGUCUCAGGAUGAACAGUUUGCAGGACGAGUCCAGUGGGACAAAGACGUCCUCAGAGGAGGACGACUCAGACUCCAUGUGUCCAUGCUCAGGACUGAGGACUCGGGGCUGUACCUGUGUAAAGUGACCACAAAUUAUGGUCUCAACUUCCGGGAAUGCCUCCUUAGAGUCACUGCAGGGAUGGAUCAGCCCAAACCUGAGACGCCAAACGCAACAAGUCGGGAAAGAGACCUUUUUUCUACAGGAAGUAGAGCACCGCCAGAGAGUCGGAUAGACCUCUACAUUGGACUGGCACUGGCAGCAGCAGCAGCUCUGCUGGCUGCUUGUUUCUGUUUGUUCAGUCUUUGUCUGCUGAGACAACAAGCUUUCUACUCGGAGUUCGGAGGUGAAUUUCAAAAUGGUUACAGUUCAGCAGGUGGAUCAGUGGAAAACGGUCUCAUCAACAACUUCAAAGAGACAAACUGUUAGAAUUACAAGCUGCACAUUUUUGCAGGGUAAACAUCACCCGUUUGCUCUUUUUAUUUCGUCAGGCUCAUCCUCUUCUUUGGGGUUUAUUCGGUUACAUUGAUUCAUACAUGUUUUAAAAUUCAAUUUCAAAAACAGAACUAGGUUAAUACAAGAUCAGCAAAAGUAAAGGAAUCAAAAGGUGUAUUCUCAGCAUCUAUACAGGAUGAGAAUAAACUGUUGCUGUGUUUUAUAUUACUAGAGAUGAGGCCAAAGGUAGUCUAUAUCCUUGACCUUCCACUUGCAGGAUUGCCCCGUUAGCGCCGGAAAAUCUACCAUGUGACCUUAUUUUUGCUAGAUUCAUCACUUAUCAGGCUAGAUGGAUUUCCGCCAACGCUUCCUUUGUAUGGGAGUUCUAAACUCCGGUGGAUUCACAAGAACUAUGGUUAACUGCUCCUCAGAUCUCUGCAGGGUA